AUGUCGCUUGCAGAGCUCAGCAACAUAUAUGGCUUUUGCCUCUGCCCCGAGUAUGACAAUACCCCGGCCAUGCAGGUUGACGGUGAAGACGAAUAUGCGCCAAUCCCAAGCAUUCCAGACCCAUAUGACGACGAUAAGGACAGUGUUGCGUCGAUUCCUCUGGGAGAUGCUCCUGAACCACGACCAGUCCCGGCACCACGACCAGCCCGUGUAUCACGAUCGGCCCCUGCACCACGAUCAUCCCUGCCACUACGCCAGAAACGACCUCGAUGCUCCCUGAUGCGGAUGCCAUUGGAGAUCAGAGACGAAAUCUACCGCAACAUUCUUGUCGUGAAUCCUUCCAUCCUUGUACGAGCUGGAUGGAAGCGAAUCUACGCGCGGAAGAGACCCGGGAUCGAAAUCGACAUCAUGUGUACCAACCAGGCAAUCUAUCAUGAGACAGUGAGGAUUCUGUACGGAGAGAACACAUUCCUGUACCGCCUCCGAGACCCUCCCAACCCCGGCCAAGUGGUCAACGUUGAGGACCUCUCGCUCGAUGACUCCAGAGAUGCGGACAUUGUAUCCGAACCCGACGAUGGUGCCUCUGACUCGGACGAUGAUGCGUUCGAUCCAAGUGACUGCCAAGAAGAUGCAGACCCGGAAGACUCUAAUCAAAGAGAGCUCAGUGACAGGAUAGACAUCACAAAGUUUGGGGGCUUUUUCCGUCGGUUGAUUGUCGAAGCAGAGCGUAAUCGAUACUCGGACAAGACUCAAAUGGCCAUGGCCGAAGCCAUCAAAGUCUUCACGGUCCAGCCAGGUUUUCUCGCCAAAGCGUGCUCAGGGGGAGUCAAGACGAAUAUCCAGACCUUUACGAUUCGCGUGGCGCCGCAGAUUCGACCUGAUACCUUCACCUUUGUCGACUUUUUCAAAAAGGACUCUCCAGUUUUAGAGGCCAUCAAGUCCCUCCCCUGCCAGUUUGUCAAGAUAGACCUCCUCACGACGUACCUGAAUGGUGGCCAGGAUCCCAAGAUUGCCCGUCUCACCAUCGACAUGCGGCAUCUUCGAUUUUCCCAGUACGCGGCGCGACAGAAGUCAGGCGGACAGCGCGACUGCUGGCGACAGGAUCUCUGGCGAAACGACCGAUCAAUCCUGAUGCAGCGGAGCCGGAACGCGAAGAGAAGUGCCACAGCGCUACUCCAGCUUGAGAAUCAUGUUCUCAGUGCGUGCAACAAAUAUAUCGUGGACGAGGUCAUCCAGCGGCAUAUGGAUGAACUGGACGAAGAGAUGAUGGAUCGGGAGUUGGAAGAUGACGUUCACGAGGGUGAUUACGAGGAGGUGAGGUUGGGGUUUGAUGACGACGAACAGGGAGUUUGA